AGUAUUUUAGUAGUAGAGGAGCAGAUUACAAGAAAAAAGUUUGUGCUUCGUCGAAGAAAGUGUCUCGGUCGUCUUUUCGGUGGAAUAAACUUGUCCAGAAUCUGUGCAAACCCUUCAAUCCGACGAUCCGGGAAUCUACCAGCCGGGGGCAGUGCUUUUGUGCGUGUGACUCGGUUCCGCGACCGACGAUGUGACGGAAUUUCGCAAAGGUCUUUGGAAAAAAUCGGAUGAUAAAAGUGAAGGAAAAGUUCCACCUCCUUGGCCUGGAAAAAUAAUCGAUAAUUUUACUCCUGCUAGAACCAGGAGGGCCAGUGCCAGUAAUACUGCGUGAAAACGAGUGCAAAUUCGUCGUAACCCGUGGAGAAUCUACCGUAAAGCUUUGGAUAACCUCCGCUGAAGAGGACAGCUUCGUUCCGAGCACAAGGAACCACCGAAGAAGAAAAACACCCACUUUGCAUCAACCACCAGCAGCAGCACCACCACUUCCGGACCACUUCUUCGAUCGAUUGCCAGCAGCAGAAUGCAGGCCGCGGAUCCAUUCGUGAUAACGACCCGCGAGCGGGCCAAGUACGACGAGCAGUUCAAGAGUCUGCAGCCGGUCAACGGGGUCGUGACCGGGGGCCAGGCCAAGGGAUUCUUCCUGCAGAGUCAGCUGCCGCCGAUGAUUCUCGGUCAGAUUUGGGCCCUCGCCGACACGGACUCCGACGGCAAGAUGACGCUCGGUGAAUUCAGCAUCGCAUGCAAGCUGAUCAACCUGAAGCUGCGCGGGUUCGAGGUCCCAAAGACAUUGCCACCGACGCUGAUUGCCUCGCUGACGGCCGUCGGUGGAACGCCCACGCUGACCCCCACAACCGGACUGAGCCCGCUGGAUCCACUCAAGUCGCUUGCCGGAACCAUCUCUCACAUUCCACCGGCCAUCCCGCCCCAGCCGGCCAUGAUUCCGCACGCCAUCGUUCCGCCAAUGAGACCGGCCAUGCCUCCUCAACCGCUGAUUGCUGCAGCCGCCGCAAGUCAGCCGGCAGCAGCGCCGUUGAUUCCGAUGCAACCUCUCGUUCAACCGAUGGGCACCGUUCCGCAGCCUGCGAUGAUGCAGCAAGUGCCCGCGCAGGCGCCACUGAUUGCGGGGUUCGGAAUGCCUCCGGUUCAAUCCGUGCAACCGCUGAUCGACCCCAUCGGAGGAAUCGCCAGUCCUCCACUCGUGGCCGGAAUUCCACCGAUCGGUUCGAUGCAGCCACUCAUCGGAGGACUUCCGGGAGCUGUUCCAAUGGCGACUGCAGCCGUUCCAGCUCCCCCGACGCCCCCCUCGGGAACCGGAACUCCACAACGCACCAUGUCCAUCUCCGAGCGGGCACCAUCCAUCGAAUCUCCCCAAUCCGAAUGGGCCAUCAAGGGACCGGCCAAGCUGAAGUACACCCAGCUGUUCAACACGACCGACCGCAACCGGUCCGGCUUCCUGACCGGGCCGCAGGCGCGCAACAUCAUGGUCCAAACCAAGCUGCCCCAGGCCAACCUCGCCCAGAUUUGGGCCCUCGCCGACAUGGACUCCGACGGGCGGCUCGGCUGCGAAGAGUUCGUGCUGGCCAUGUAUCUGUGCGAUUUGGCGCUGCAGGGCGAAAAGGUUCCGGCGGUGCUGCCCCCCGAGCUGAUUCCACCCUCGUUCCGCAAGGCAACGUCACGCCACGGAUCGGUCGUUGGUUCGCGCCACGGAUCGGUUUCGUCGCAGGGCGGCGCGCCCAAUGUGCACGCGGUGCCGGCCGAGCCGCUCGACCCGCUGUCCGGUUUACCGAUGUCUUCGUUCGAGGACAAGCGCAAGGAAAACUACGACAAGGGCCAGGCCGAACUGGACCGCCGGCGCAAGGCCCUGAUGGACAUCCAGAAGAAGGAACAAGAGGAAACGCGACCGCAAGGAGCGCGGAGGAGCAGGAAAAGAUCCCGCAAGGCCAAAACUGGAGGGCCGAGCGAGAAGCAGCAGGGGAAUUGGAGAGAAGCAACGUCCAGCUUGAGUGGGAAGCGCAAUAGAUCGCCGAGAUUGCUGCAGCAGCGUCAGCGCGAGCAGGGAACGUGCUGGAAGUUGAAAGGCACAGAACCAGCGCUGAGCGUGGAGUUGAGCACGUUCAACGAGAAGAUCAAGGAGCUGUCGCAGAAGAUUUGCGACACGAGCCUCAAGUCGAAGGUUAAGGUGCAGAACCAGCGGCUGGUGCAGUUGAGCCAGCAGUUCUCGAACAAACAGAUCAUUAUUCAGCAAUUGAAGGACAAGCUCGAAAACACUAAGCAGCAGAUUGAGAACAAAACCACAGACAUCGAACUCAACAGCAAGCAUCUGGUUGAGCUCAAGUCUCAGCUGACCGAUUUGAUUGAUUCUUGCGAGAAGCUGUACCACGAGUACGACAUGCAGCGAAUACAGAUCCUCGAGAUGAAGAACAACCGCAAGAACGAGUCGUACACGAGCGCCUGGGACACGUCCAACUCGUGGCCGGUCAACAACGAACCGGUGGCGCCAGCGCAAACGGAAACAACGACGUCGAUGCUUCCGAACGAUACGGUCGAGACGCCGCCCGGCUUCGUCAAGUACCGGGCCAUUUACGAGUUUAGCGCGCGCAACGCGGACGAGAUUACGUUCCAGCCGGGCGAUAUCAUAAUGGUCCCCCUGGAGCAGAACGCCGAACCGGGUUGGCUGGCGGGCGAGAUCAACGGCCACACUGGCUGGUUCCCGGAGACGUACGUCGAGAAGGUCGACAGCAAUCUGAACACGGUGUUACCGACGGCGGCGACAACAACGACGGCAGCGGCAGAACCCUUCGCAAUGGCUGCGGCGGUGGCGGCUCCAGCGCCAGAACCGGAAACGAUCGCAUACUCACAGGAACCGGUGGCCAGCGCCGACGACUACACGACUGCGCCCAGCGAAGUAGAAGGUUUGUCACGGAAAGAAAUGAUUGAGUCAGGUUCAAAUGUUAACAAUAAUUUGGUUGCAGCGACUUACAACGGGGAUGUCGAGUAUUACGUUGCCUGCUACGCGUACCAGUCGGCGGAGAUUGGUGACCUGGUGUUCGACACGGGCGAGGUCAUCGCCGUCACCAAAAAGGAGGGCGACUGGUGGACCGGAAACAUUGGCAAUCGUACUGGCAUCUUCCCCUCGAACUAUGUACAAAAGCAGGAAUCUGUAAGUACUGCCCUAGAGACCAGUAGUGAGCCUAGCGUUGUAGUGUCCGAGAAACAAGAGGCAAUCAACGGAAAUCAGCAAAUCAGCAGCUACGAUCAGCAGCAGCCGACGACGACAACGCAACAGGACACGCAGCAAGACUCCACCAAGCGAAAGCAAUCGACGACGAACCAGGACGCGGAGGACGCCCGGAAUCAGGCGGAAGCGGACUCCGAGGUGUCCCAGAUCAACACCCAGCCACCGAUAGCACCGCAAGCCAACGAGGAAGGCAUCCGCUACUCGUCGAUGUCCAUUUCGGCCACGCCAAGUCUGCGGAAAAAGGGCGAGGUGGCGCAGGUGAUUGCGCCGUACGAGGCGACCAGUUCGGAGCAGCUGUCGCUGACGCGUGGCCAGCUCAUCAUGAUCCGCAAGAAGACUGACUCCGGCUGGUGGGAGGGAGAGCUGCAGGCCAAAGGACGGCGACGACAGAUCGGCUGGUUCCCGGCAACUUACGUCAAAAUUCUCCAAGGAGGCCGCAACAGCGGUCGAAACACGCCCGUGUCCGCCAGUAAAGUGGAAAUCUCGGAAACGGUUCUUGACAAAGUAAUAGCCCUCUACCCGUACAAGGCCCUGAACGAUGACGAGCUGUCGUUCGACAAGGACGACAUCAUCAGCGUGCUCGGUCGGGACGAGCCGGAAUGGUGGCGCGGUGAGCUGAACGGAACGACCGGUCUGUUCCCGAGCAACUACGUGGGUCCGUUCGUGACGUCAGGUAAGAAGACACCGACGGCGGUCGCGACGAAAAGUUAGCAUGAAUUCGAAACUACACCGACUGACGAACACUUUAGCCGCUAGAGUUUACUCAAUGAGAGAGAGAGAGAGAGAGAGAGGAUAUGCAUGAGAAUAAGUGUGAAAUUUAUACGUUUCUUUAUGUAUCGGUUUUGCGUGUAGAUUUUCACUGACGUAAUGACGUGACUUUAUUUGUUAUUGUAUACAAAAUCUACUAUUUGUACUGUAAAGUUUAUUCAGUUGCAUAUAUUGUCUUUCCCUCAUUUGCUAUUAUAUGUUUAGAGAUUGUAUGUAAAUUUAUGAAUGAAUAAUUAUUGAUUAUCCGUCUUUAUUUAUAA